GUUCUAAUUAAUGAGCGUAAACAUGAAUACCGGAACCUUUCACUCAACAUUUCAAUUGACCCCACACGUCUUCUUUAUAAUCAUGCUACCACCAUUAGAGAAGAGACUGUCUGGGAUACGCUGUAAUCUUCGCUCUAUCUUUCUUCUUGACCGGUGGAAUUUAUGAAAAUCGUUGGAUUUUUUUUUGUUGGAUGUGGUCUCCGAUUUUAUUCUUGAAUUGAUGGACACCAUUUUGAAGAAAUUUGCGGGAAAUAAUUGGUAGAACAACGCCUCGAAAACGUGGUGCGGUGAAGGUUGGUUUCAGCGCAUGCCACACUGGUGCUACCAAACCAAUCAAGUAGUAUAGUGUGCAUAGCGGUGUCUUUGUUUCGCUCAGCUAUAUUCCUUUAUCCAAGAUAGGUCUUCUACUGAGUCAUGCCGACAACAUGCGGUUUUCCUAAUUGCAAGUUUCGUUCACGUUACAAGGGAACUGACGAUCCCCGCCAUUUUUAUCGCGUCCCGAAAAGACCAUCUGUUUUGCGUGAGAAGUGGUUGGAAGCUAUUGGCCGAACAGAGGAGACAAUUGUUGGGCAGUUACGUAUUUGUAGCUGCCAUUUCUCUGGUGGUGAGAAAAAAGAAGGCGAUAUCCCUGUUCCGGACCCGCAAGUGGACACGCCGAUCUCAAUCGAUAUUAGCUCCUACGUGAGGCCUCGCUCCCCUAUGGAUAAGAGGAAACCGAAAAGGCCCAGGAUGUCUGUUGAUCGAAUUGCUGAAGAAAACCUUGCUUUGCGAAUGAAAUCACCAAGUGAACUAGCCAGAAUAUUUGGAGGCGGGAGUUGGGGUGUAAAGGCGGUCCAAGACAGUAUACGCCACCCCGGGUCAAAUGUCCCAGGAUCAAACCCCGUCAGCCGACCCUUGGUCGCACUGCUCGAUGGUCGAGACUGCAGUAUUGAAAUGCCAAUUUUGAAGGAUGUUGCAACAGUCGCGUUCUGCGAUGCUCAGUCGACACAUGAAAUUCAUGAGAAGGUUCUAAAUGAAGCAGUGGGGGCGCUGUUGUAUCACUCCAUUACACUGACAAGAGAGGAUCUGGAAAAAUUUAAAGCCUUGCGGGUGAUAGUACGCAUUGGCUCUGGAUAUGAUAAUAUUGAUAUAAAGGCAGCCGGAGAUUUAGGUAUUGCGGUUUGCAACGUACCCGGUUAUAGCGUGGAAGAGACUGCUGAUUCCACGCUCUGUAUGAUACUGAAUAUUUACAGACGAACCUUCUGGAUGGCCGAUAUGCUAAAGCAAGGAAAGAAGCUAGGAGGCGUUGAACAAAUCCGCGAGUCGGCUGUCGGAGCAACUAGGAUAAGAGGGGAAACCCUUGGCAUCAUUGGCUUAGGUCGUGUUGGUACUGCAGUAGCUCAGCGUGCAAGGGUGUUUGGUUUCAAUGUGCUGUUUUAUGAUCCAUAUCUAUCAGAUGGUAUUGAGAAAUCACUAGGCUUAACCAGAGUGUACACCCUACAGGAUCUGUUAUUCCAGAGUGAUUGCGUGACAUUACAUUGUUCACUUAACGAGCACAAUCAUCACUUAAUUAAUGAGUUCACUAUCAAACAAAUGCGUCAGGGUGCCUUCCUUGUGAAUACAUCAAGAGGCGGAUUGAUAGAUGAAAAUGCCCUCGCUGCUGCACUGAAAGAGGGCAGGAUUCGCGCCGCCGCUCUCGACGUCCACGAGAGUGAGCCUUUUAGUUUCCAGACCGGUCCGUUGAAAGAUGCCCCCAACCUGAUAUGUACCCCACACUGUUCUUGGUACAGUGAACAAAGUAGCACAGAAGUCCGCGAAAGUGCUGCCGGCGAGGUUCGUAGGGGUAUCACCGGGCGUCUUCCACAUAGUUUGCGAAAUUGCAUCAAUAAGGAGUAUAUACACACGCAGGGUAGUGCCCCUUGGCCAGACCCUCCACAUCCGGAAAUGAAUGGAUCGUCUGUGCCCGCUUAUUCACGCUUCACAGCUCCUGUGUUGAUGCAGCCUGCUGCUCCGCAGGCACAGCCGCCACCCCCGCAGGUCGAGAACCAUGGGGUCGUACCAGGCACCAUUAGCGCCGUGGUACCAAUGACAAUACACUCGGACCAAGCCAUUAACGCUGUUAACGCCAAAGUCGAUGGCGAGCAGUAGGGUGAAUGAAUUAAUUUACUUGAUCGAUAAUUAAUAGCAGAUGCGAUUCAUGUUUUCACCAGUCGGUCGGUCGGUCAGCUGACUUCAGCAUCGGAGAAUGCAUCGUGUUCAGUUCUCUUUCAUCCUUCUAACUAAAACCUUUCAAUACCUUGACUUAUAGUAAGGCACAUGAAUUUAAUGAACAAAACUGAACCCUAGCUAUCACAGCAGGGUUUCUGCUACUUGGCAUGAAAAACAAUCAGCGAAUAAUGAUUGAUUUCUUUUGAUAUGCCCCAGGUAUGUACAGAUUGUGUGUAAAUACACAUUUUUGUUGAAAAUAAGUUAUUGAUGGAGAACUUUCAGCAGUGGUAAACGGAGCAGUCAUGAAAUUGCUGUUUUAUCUAAUUUGUUUUUGCCAUUGGGGAAAACUGUUUUUGAAGGAAGAUUGCAAAUUACUUAUAAUCAACAGGAAUUAUUGUUUGCCAGACAAAAGGGAAGAAGUAUGAAGGGAAAAAAAUGAUGUGAAAAGAUACAGGAAGUCGAUGCAAAAAAAAAAAAUCCCCAAGAUUUUUUGAUAAUGAAUUGUGAAAAGAACAACUACUAUGGUGAAUUUGGUGCUGAUUGUUAAAACGCAGUGAAGAAACGAAAGAAAUUUAGGAGUGACUUCUCGAAGAGCCAACACAAAUGCCAGACGUAGAGUAGUCAUGCUUCUAUAGAUAAGAGAUACAUGUAGAUGUUUUUAGAAAAGCAAAGACCAGUUUGUGAAAAACCACUUAAGGGAAAAAAAAAUCAUAUGUUCUUCCGGUCACCAAAUGGUUACUUUGGUUUGUCAAUAGCAAAUGCUUAAUACGAGUAGCGUUUGAUGAUAGUAGUGUUUCAGUUAACAAGAAUAUGAUGCAAAAGUAACUGUAUGGUUAUAUCGGUGCGAUUUCCCGUGUAUUAUUAACUAAGACAUCUCGCAAGGUCGCAGAUGCCCUUGCGAUUUAAUUUCCAUCAGAAAACGAUGCUGUAGAUAGGCCUAGAAAAAAGAUCAGUCAUUUUUACCAUUUUCAAUUCUGUGUAUGGAUGGUAAAAUUAUUUGAAGACUUUAGUUUUUAAAUUUGAAAUUCUGUGGAGCAGCACAGAAUCUUGGAAUGAAAUAUUGUGAAUUGGUGUUUUUUGGCUUGUUACACAGUGUUUCAUGUUGUUUCCUCGGUAACGAUUAAGCAAACAUGAGCAUAUAUAGUUGAAUCCCCUCCCCGGUUUAAGGGGUGUCAGAACAUAAAAUAAUAACUGGUUGAAUUUAAAGCAGUGUUGGUCGUUAAGCUGUUGCAUCAUCUGUAAAUAAUUCGUUAACUGACUCACCUCGCUUGAUGGUUGUUGCGUGAACCUUAUUCUCUUCCAGUAUCCAGUUCACUUCUUUGUGGUGUUACAAAAUUUUGUGGACAUUUUUUUUUUAAGCAUUUAAGGACCCCACCAAACUCCCCCCCCCCCC